AAAUGGUAUCCAUCAUCUGGACAAAUCAUUAAUCUGUAGGCCUAAGUUUUGUAUUUUGAAUGUCCAUAGCAUGGUAGGUGCUUAUGCAACUAUUAAUGAUAAUAAUAAUAAUUGGUUCGCGGCUACAAAUAUCGGUGCUUUUUCGUCCUAAUCGGUCAGAUUAACUUUUAAGGUCAAGGUCUGUUUUCAGAAAUUAGCCCACAAUACAUUUGUCUAAGCAAGGCCAUUAAAGCAGACCUUGUUGCACACAGGCCUAGUCUAUGUAAAUUUGGUGGCGCACGCAUGGCGCACAAAGCCAAAGAUAGAGUAACAAAUCAGGAAUUUCCCUCCUGCCACUCCUGAGAGCGCAGGAGAAGAAAAAAGUUACGGGUUAAGCGCUUCUCCUCUGAGAGCAAAAAGCGACAGGCAGUCAAUUUGCCAUAAUCUUUUGUCAAGAUUAUCAGUUUACACGUCUGCAGAUGCUUUGAGGACAUUAUUUUGGGAAAAAAAAAGUUUUUAUUUUCAUUAUGUGUCUGGACCCAUCAGGUUUUAAUGAUGGCCUCUUUUAGAGACGUUAACGGGAUAAACGGUGCACUGCAGGAGUACCAAGAAUACUUGAUUUGCAAGUUUUGGUUUUAUGACUUUUUUUUCAGCGGCUCGGUUGGGAUUUCUGUCGCUGGUCACUUUUUCUCUGCGUAGAGAUUCUGGAUGGCGUAGGUGGUGGCAAGGGCUGUUAAAUCACCUUUGUGGACAAGGAUAUGAUAUUUAUAAUGUAGAUAAAUCUGCAGUACGUGCGUAAAGCAAACCGGAGUUUUUAAUAUCCAGUGAAAACCCAUCAUAACCACUUUUGGAGAAGGGAAAUGCGGAGUAAAAUCGGCGUCUAGAAGGAUGCUGCUGCUUGUACAAUGGAAGUGAAGAACACUUUUGCUGUUGUUGCGGUGGUUUGUCUCCUUUUUUGCACCAGUUUCAGUCAAGAACUCAACUCAAAAGGAAAGAAUGUAUGCAAAGCGCCUGGAUCAUCAGGAUUUGUGUGCUGCAGUGGAUGGGCGCAGCUAGGGGAUGAAUGCCUGACACCUCUCUGCGAAGGCAACUUCACCUGCAAGGAAAAUGAGGUGUGUGUCAGGCCGAACGAAUGUCGCUGUCGUCAUGGAUACUUUGGAGCUAGCUGUGACACUAAGUGCCCUGCCCAGUUCUGGGGCCCUGACUGCAAAGGGAAAUGCAAUUGUUACCCAAAUGGCCAGUGUGAUGAUUUAACCGGCGAGUGUACAUGCAACCACAAUCGUUGGGGACCUAACUGCGAGAAUGCUUGUUUAUGCCAAAAGGGCAAGUGUGACCAAGAGACGGGCAAAUGCACAUGUCACCCUGGCAUCUGGGGUCCCCAGUGCAACAACAACUGCUACUGCAGCGUCAACUCUGUCUGCGAUGCAAUGACAGGGCGAUGCCUGUGCAAUCCUGGUUGGACUGGGAGGAACUGUGGAAUCCAGUGUAACUGUAACAAUUCACCAUGCGACCAGUUCACAGGACGCUGCCAGUGCCGGGAGAGGCUUUGGGGCCCACGUUGUGAACGAUACUGCCAGUGCAUCCAUGGCAAGUGCAACCAGGCAGACGGCUCGUGUACCUGCACACCAGGGUAUCGUGGGAAGUUCUGUAGGGAGCCAUGUCCUGCUGGCUUCUAUGGUCAAAACUGCAGGAACAGGUGUGGACACUGCAAGGGCCAACAGCCCUGUAAGGUGACGGAGGGACGCUGUAUCACCUGUGACCGAGGCUGGAAUGGGACAAGGUGUGACCAGCUCUGCUCCAAAGGCUUCUUUGGUGAAAACUGUCAGGAAGUAUGUCCCACCUGCAAAGACGGUCACCACUGCGACCCCAUUCAUGGCAAGUGCUCUCACUGUAACCCUGGCUGGAUUGGGGACAGGUGCGAGGUGCGUUGCCCCAAUGGCACAUAUGGCGAGAACUGUGAGAACAACUGCAGUCACUGUUUCAAUGGCAUCUGUCACGUUGUCACCGGAGAGUGCCUGUGUGACCCGGGAUUUUAUGGCACUUACUGCAAUAUGACCUGUCAGCCUGGCCAGUAUGGAGUGAACUGCAACCAAACCUGCUCUUGCCAUGACAAGAACUGCGAUCCUGUGUCUGGUGCUUGCUAUCUCCAGCCCAACCAGCGGAUGGGUGUGAUUGCAGCUGGAACCCUGGUCUCCUUUUUACUGAUCGUCCUGCUCUCGCUGCUGUGCUGCUGCUGCCUCUGCCGACACAAAGACGACCACAACAAAAAAGCCAAGCGGAUCCUGUGUGGACGAUUUAGCCGAAUCAGCACUAAACUUCCCCGUAUUCCACUGAGGCGACAGAAACUGCCCAAAGUAGUUGUAGCCCACCACGACCCAGAGAACACCUUCAACUGCAGCUUCAUUGAGCCCCCCUCAGUGGCCGAGCAGCCCUCACCCUCCUCAUGGUCAUCCCAAGAGUCUUUCUCUUCCUUUGAGAGCGGAGACGAGGGGCCAGUUUACUGUGUGCCCCAUGAAGAAUCUGUGAACGAAAGCAAAGAGAAGCACAGCCCCACCCCCACAACAGAGAAGUCAGAAGGUGUCCUUAAUGAGGAGGAUGCAGGGGAGUACACAUCCCUGAAAGACACAAGUGUUGCAAAAUCUGAAGGCAGUGAGCAGCCUUUGCUCAAAUCUUCUGACAGUGAAGGCUCCACCAGUGGCUCAGAGUCCACAACUGCUGCACUCUAUGCCCGCAUUGCCCGCCUCUCCAAGCAGUCUAAAGAGGAUGAUGGCAGUGGCAAGGAUGGGGAUGGCACUCCCACACCAGAGGCUAAGCGCAAUGGAAAGCCGCCACCUUCACCUGGCAAGCCCAAACCACGCCCACCGGACCCGUCCACUAAGCCCAAAGUAUCAUGGAUACAUGGAAAUACCACAGGGUCUCCCCAGCUUGAGCAGCAGGGGCAGGGCAUAAUGAAGGCACUUGCAGCGCCAAAGGAGAAAAAAAGGAGCUCCAGUGAUGGCUCAGCAAAGAGUGAGGAGCGACAGAAAAUGAAGGAAAAGAGCCAUGAGCAGCAGAAGAAACAGGAGGGGAAAGAGGCAGAAGUCAGUGGCUCCCCCAGAAAACACAAACCUCUGCGAGGUAAGAAGUCUGGGGACGAGCACAGCAGUCCCAGUCACAUGGAGCACAUCAAUGGUGUGGUUCAGAAUGCUCUCAAGAAGAUAAGUAACUUCCACAGCUCCUCAUCUGAGAAGAAGAGUGCUGACAGUUCAAAGGAGAAUCCAAAAGAGCCACCCAAGAGCCCAAAAGUCAUCCACCCUCAUAUGAACUCUGAGGCCGCCACACUCCUGGCUGCUCAGCUCAAAGAGAAAACCCAAAGCAUCAACAGGAAUGAGGGGACAGGUCUUACAAAAACUAAUGGUCUCUCCACACCCAAAGGAAACAGAGAAAAGCCAACACCUCCCCAGAAAGCCAAGAGGACCCCCUCCAGUGGAUUGAGCCAGCAGGGCUCCAACAAGCCCCUGCUGCCUACCUCGAGCAGCCUCCAGAAGAUGGUGGCACCUGUCACCACCGACUUCGGGGCCCCUGAGGCCAAGAGCCCGGAGAAGCAGGACUUGAACGGCUCAAGGGCAGGGGAGCCAGCAUUGGAUCCUACCCCAAAGAAGACUCCCAUAAAAAAGCCACCAAGGAAGAAAGGCAAGGAGGGUAGUUUGGAUACAUCGGAAAUUAAAACACCCCAGCAAAAGACAGCCAUAAUGCCACCACAGGUAGUGAAAUAAACACAACUGAAUUUUAAACAUGAAUGACCAAAGUUUGUGAUCAGUUUAAAAGACUAAAUGCUAUUUGUUGGAAGGUGAACCAGCUUUUCAGUCAGAUUUUCUGUGUGAGUGUGAUAUGACUCCAGGACCAGUCAAGAGAAAGAAAUGCUCUUAAAUCAAAGGCACAGUUGAGUUGUAUUAUAAUGACCUCUACACAUCAUUGUAUUUCAUUUCAAGAAUCCUUUUUGUGCAACAGCUGUGUAUCAAUCUCACAUCACAACCUGUGGCUAAGCCAAACACAACUGUGAGAACAGUAUUGCACAGACAUAAUCCAUAGUUCAAUCAUCUCUAUGCCUCCGCAGUAUGUCCACCACUAUAUUUAUAUGUGGGUUUCUUCUAAGGUUGCAUAACUGUUAUUUGCUAUGCAGGUGUUAAAAAUAGCUAUUUUUUAUGUAUGCUCUCCAAAGGUACUGAAGGUACUAAGAAUAACAAGAAAAUUAGAUCCUCUGAGGAUACCAAGCUAUUUUCUGUUAGUAUUAUACAAAUACAUUUCUAUACUAUAAACCAGCUUAAAUUAGAUAUAAUCCUCAUUCUUAAUGUCAUCAAGCUAUUCUUUGCAGAUGUAACUGUCAAUUAAGAGAAACAUUUUUACAGUUUUGGUGUGAUCAGAGAUCUUUGUCUUAAGCAAAAGAAGCACCUUUUUAUUUUCUUGCUUCUAUGUUGCUACUAGAGCAAGUUUCAAGUUGAUAUACAACAUAAUUGGGAAGCUUCUCUUUAAUCAAGCAAAUUUGACACCCCAAACUACAAGUUAUGUUAAGUUAAGUUAUGCUACAUUGAGGGCUUAAUUUUCUCCUUUGUUUGUGAGUCACCUUUAAUUCCUCUCUGAGCUUUAGCAUUGGUUUAAAGACUCUUCUCUACAAAAAAAUUACAUUUUUGAAUUUAAAGUCAUAGCACUCUUUUGUCCAACUCUGUCAGACACGGUUUGCUGAAACCCAAGCAAGCUCUUUGAUCUUUUUGCAAAAAUGACUGUUUUAAACCCCUUUCAUACUUCUGCUAACACCAAAUAACCAGAAUGUGCUCUUACUGUAUGUUUUAUUCGGUCAACUAAACCACUAAACCAAAAAUGAAAUCCCAGGCUAACCUAUGUCCUUACCUUAUGUCAUACUUAUAAAUCACUGUAAACCCAUAUUUUCCUGUAAUUCAGCAACAUCUAAUUUCCUCAUGAUAUAUAUAAGAAAGCAUACUGGAGUACAAUAUCCUCCUUGUAAAGCAGAUUCAAUAGAUAUGUUUUGUAACAGCAAUGGCCCUGCAGAUCAGACAACAGAAGGAAACUACCAUGUCCCUUAAUUUGCUCUUUCGGUUUAAGAAACUAGGUCAACAUCGCCAUACGAGCUGUUCUCAUUUCACUUUAUUUAUUUACACCAUAGAGGUAUAGUGUGAAAAACAAAUCUUCUCCAGGACUGUCUUGUCAAAGAGUAUUGUCCCUGAAGGAUCAUGUAAUCUUAAGCUAGUAAAUAAAUGCUGAAGUAAGAGGGUGCUGUAGAGUAAGACUAUAAGGCUAAAUGGUACCGUGCCUCAGAUGUUUAAAUGUUCCUCAACUGUGGACCAGUUUACGCAAAAAAAAAGCUAUGUUGUUGCCAAAUUUUGGUAGAGCUAAAAUAAGUAAACUAAAAAAGGUGGGAUACUUAAACUGGAAUAGUUCAGUUGUUCGAGAAGAAGACCUUUUUUUCUGUUAUUGAUGAACAGCUAUUUUGAAAUUAGUAGCACUCAAAAUAUGAGCAAUGUAUGACGUGUGCAACAAGUUAACAUGCCAUUGGCAUGUUUUGGCCUGAAGAAUAUUUUACAUUUACAACUGAUUUGAAAAUUUGUCUUGGUUUCAUGUGUUUUUUUGUUGUUGUUGUUGUUGUUGUUGUUUUAUGGUACAGCACAUUUCUUUGGAUAUUUUCUCAACAUUUUCUACUUGUAUACUUGGUGUACUUUUUAUUAUCUUUGUAAGCUGUGCUUAUAUGACCUUUAUAGUUUUUCUGUUUUCCUUGGUGUUGAUGAACUGGCUUUCAUAUUAUAUUUGCUUUUUUUUGGUAUGUUGCUUAUUUUUGGCUCUGAAGCAAACCUACAGUAUGAGUACUCUCCUCCUGUAAAGUUUACAUUGGCUUUGUAAUUGUUCUCUGUUGAUGUUAUUGUUUGCGUAACACUUAACUGCAUGACGCAGAGUGUAAUUAUAUGGCAUUAAUAGCUGCACAGGAUGUCUGUAACCUUCUUGUUCCCUCCAGUGGUUAUUAUUGCCUCCCAUAAAAAAUAACUCAUACAGAAAGGAUUGUACAAUACUACUAUGAUACCACUGUUGAAACAACUGCAUAUACUUAAAACCAUAACAUUGUGUAAUUAUGAAGUGGCAACUUUUAUCCGACUGGCCCACGCCUGUUUUUAUAGGCUUACAUUAAAUUUUUGUAAAGAAGGGCCUGAAAGCUGCAAAAACAUUAAGGUAUAUUUUUGUCUUUUGUGGUUUGUUUUUAACAACUUUGAUUUCCAUCCGUGUAUGGUUAUUAAAUUGGUGUUUUCUCAUUUAAUUGUUUGGAAUAAAAAAGCAAUAUGUGUAGCUCUAGUCAAA